GUUUUUUUUUUGUUGAUUUGUUUUUUACUCCGUUUGUGCUGGUUUAUUUGCAUUUUGAAAUUGUUAAUGAACUCAAUUAUAUAUUUUGGUGCUUCGGCGAGUUCGCAUUGCAAUUAAGUUUGGCAAGACGCAUCUUUAUUUUACACUUUUUCGGAAAAACUCAAAUAUGCAGUUCACCAGGAGCCGUUUGUUACUAUCGAUGGCCGUGCUUGCGGCAUUGCUAGCCUUGUCGAUGGGCGCCCCCGCUCCACAGCAGAUCAAUUCGGAGAUGGAGGCCAGUUUCCAGGAUUCCAGCGAUCCCGAUUUGAAUCCCAUCAAUGCAGAGGAGGUGUUAGGUGUCCAGGAGCGCAACAAAAGAAAACUGCCCGAAGCCACAUUCGAGGCUAAGAACGCUGUGCUUGGCUUUGUGUUUGGCAAAAUCGACAAUUUCCUGGAUACAAAGACGCGGGUGAUCGAGCAGCUGGACCGAUCGAAUAUCGAGAAGAACAAGCAGUGGGACAUCAAGUCGCCGGUGCCGAUCAAGGAUUUCCAGACUCUGAUCACCGCUGUGGUGUCGCCGAAAAUCCGUUCGAUUGGCAACAUAGCCAAUGACCUGACCACCGGUGUGCUGACCACCAUAACCGCUUUCAGUGGCUCCUCGUCUGGCGGUGGCAAUGCGAAUGCCGGCCUGGGCAAUGUGGUGUCCAAGUUCCUUGGCUUUUCCGGCCCCAUCCUGCAGGGAUCCUCUGGCGGAGUGAACGGCAUUGCCGGCGUGACGUCACCGGCUCCGGACUCCGAUGAGGCGGGCUACUAGACACAAACAAAAAAACAAAAAAAAAAAAGCACCAACGAACCAAGGCCAACAAAUGAGAGCUGUAAUUUAUCGUUGAUCUAUUUGUUACCCCCCAUUUUUCAACCCCCUCGAAUCGUUUUUAUUUUUUUUUGUUUACACCCUAGUUAAGUUUCAUGUUUGUAAAUAUUCGGCAUAAACAAAAAAAAAUACACUAUACAUUUAUAUAGAGAAAUCCACGACUUCACAAAAGCGAAUAAAACCGAAAACAAAAAACCAA